UCCUUGCUCUCAGCUGCAAAAGUUGAGUUACACUGUCCUUUCAUCAUACUCUGUGUUGUUGUUUAUGUCUAGAGAUGCUGACUGUGUCCAGGACUUUCCARUCCAAUGUUUAACACAGUUUACUGCAGCUCAGAGAUGCCGGCCCCUCUUCCAGGAUGUUUCUUUGCUAUUCUGACACAGAUUCAUUAGAAUUUACUGGAUGUUGUGUCUUUUCACACCAUGUUCACACAAACCUUUGAUCAUCUGAGUCYCUUGAAGCUGUCUGUGCAGAGACUGCUAAAUCAGGUCUCAUUGUACCCCAGUUUCUCUUUAAAAAGGGGGAGCCUUUCUGACAAUCCAGUUAAAGCACAUCUGGAAGAGUUACCUUUGAACAGAAGUUUGUGUGGGUUUCUGUGAUGGAUUCAUACAUCCGUACCUUGAUGAAAAAGUCUUUGACUGUAUAACUACUAUGCAACUUUUUUGUAGAUAUUUAACUUUUUUUAGGUUUGUAACUCCACCAGCACUGGUGCACCCUCAGAAGGUAUUUAAGAAAAAGUUGUUUGAACAAAAUAACAGAGCAGUUGAGGCAACAGCAGAGCCUUGAAAAGCUGCUUUAAAUCUUAGCAUCAAGCCCAGCUUGAUGCAGCUCAAGGGCUGCUGUCAUUUCCUGGGGAAUGAAGCCAAACUGGCAGGGCCAGUUCAUUUGUGAGGGACAAUAMCUGAGCUGUCCCCAGCAAAACUCCAGGAAGCAAUUCCUGCAUUUAAAUGACAGGUGGAAGAAGUGGAAGGAGGCAUUUCUGGUGGAGYUGGAUGCUGCUGAGGAGGACUCUGCUCCUGUCAGCACCGCUCUGGUUCACUGCUCUGUGGGUGAAGAGGUGAAGCCAGCCUCGAGAGGGACUUCACUCACCUUUUAAUGACCGUCAAAAAACAGCACUGCCACGGCCUCGUACCCGGCAGAGCUGCUCCCCAGAGCCAGAGGGAUGGUGGUAGUCACGGGGCAGAACAAAGUGAGUGCGAAGCCGGAUGAUGCCAUGUCGAGCUCGGACGCUGAGGAUGAUUUCCAAGAGCCGGCCACUCCCACCGCCACCCAGGCAGGACAAGCGCUGCCUCUGCUGCCUCAGCAGUUCCCAGAGGUUGUCCCACUGAACGUGGGGGGGAUGUUUUUCACCACCAGACUGUCGACACUGCGGAGGUACGAGGACACCAUGCUGGCAGCRAUGUUCAGUGGCAGGCACUACAUCCCCACGGAUGCUGAGGGCAGGUACUUCAUCGACAGGGAUGGCACCUACUUUGGAGACAUACUAAACUUCCUCCGAUCUGGUGACCUGCCACCCCGAGAACGAGUGAGGUCAGUGUACAAGGAAGCUCAGUAUUAUUCCAUAGGACCAUUGCUAGACAAUCUAGAGGAUAUCCAGCCUCUUAAAGGAGAAAAAGUUAGACAAGCUUUCCUGGGCCUAAUGCCAUAUUACAAAGACCAUUUGGAGCGGAUAAUUGAGAUAGCCAAGCUGCGAGCCAUGCAGAGGAAAGCCAGGUUUGCCAAGCUCAAGGUGUGCGUGUUCAAGGAGGAGAUGCCCAUCACUCCCUACGAGUGCCCGCACUUYAACUCGCUGCGCUUCGAGAGGAGCGAGAGCGAGACCAAGCUCUUUGAGCACCACUGCGAGGUGGACGUGUCCUUUGGGCCUUGGGAGGCUGUGGCUGAUGUUUAUGACCUUCUGCACUGCAUUGUCACCGACCUGUCAGCCCGGGGCAUCACCGUGGACCACCAGUGCAUCGGGGUGUGUGACAAACACCUCAUCAACCACUACUACUGCAAGCGCCCCAUCUACGAGUUCAAGAUCACCUGGUGGUGAGCAGGGCUGGAGAAACCCUAAAAGGACUGGUGGAGGAUGGAGUUUGUGGCUGCUCACAUUCCUUGGAGSCUGGUGCAGGGGUUGGGGAAACCUCUGGAAACUUGAAAAACCAGCCUGAAAUGGGACUGGCGGCUCAGGUACCUUAACGAGGCACAAAACAAAAUCACCUCAUGCGAAGGAUGGCUGAACAUCUUCCAGAAGGUGCCACGGACCACGUGGAUUCGGGAUGGAAUUGCAGAUUUUUCCUGUAUUAUUGGGAAUUUGGGGUGCUGCUGAAAGGUGUCACCAACCUCAUGGCUUCAGGAUGGAAUUGCAGAUUUUUCCUGCAUUUUUGAGAAUCUGGAGUGCAGCUAAAAGGUGCCACCAGCCACGUGGCUUUGGGACGGAAUUACAGGUUUUUCCUGCGUCGUUGGGAUUUUUUAGGAAUCUGGGGUGUAGCUAAAAGGUGCCACCRACCUCGUGGCUUCAGGAUGGAAUUUCCUGCAUUGUUGGGAACCUGGGGUGCUACUAAAGCUCACAUUUUUCAGUUUUACCCUCUUAGAGGUGUUUUAGUUCCACUUUCGACUUUACCACUUUAUAAAAUUGGACAGGAUGGAAUUGCAGGUUUUUCCUGCAUCGUUGGGAUUCUGGGGUGCUACUAAAGCUGACUUUUUCAGUUUUACCCUCUUAGAGAUGUUUUAGUUCCUCCUUCGACUUUGCCACUUUAUAAAAUUGGAGUCGUACCCAGCACAAAGAUUCUGGAAAUGUCAUUUUGAUGUAACAGAUAAAAAAAAAAAAAAGGAAAAAAAAAGUAUUCCCUAUUUAUUAUUAAUUGUUGUCAGGGUUAAGCUGUAUUUCUUUUUAAAAUAAGAAUCUGCGUUGUGAAUUAUAAUGUUAUAUUUCAAUUAUUUCCAUUGUUAUCAAAAGGAAUAGCAGAUUUGGAAUAUAUUCCUUCAUGCUUUUAGGAAUAAUAACUGUUCAUGGAAGAUUUGUGCCUGUUUUUAGCCUUAGAAAUCCUAAAUGUUUACAAUAUCUUAAAAAAAAAGCUCUUUAGAAUCAGGUCAUUUACAAAGGCUUUUGGUAAAUGAGAAAACCCUGUAUGUAUCUUCCUAUUAGCAGUAGUGAGAGGAAUAUUUAAUGUAUAUUAUUUUAUUACUGACUCUUUUUAYAUUCUGUGAUAUUAAACCUUAUUUUAGACUGUAAGUCAGAUGAUAUUAGACAAGUGCUUCCUUCACCUCACCUUCUUAAGAAAAAUCUUAAUUUUUAUCCUUCUUGUUGACCCUUCCUGGUGUUGUUGCAGGAAAAAGAAAAUUCAACCUCCAUAUUCAAAUAUUUCUCCACUCUAAAGCAGUAGGAAAUUGCUUUCCAUGCUGAAAGAGGCAGCCACUGCAGAAUUGUAUUUUCUUCAGAAGGUAAUUUUUGUACUUCUGACAUGAGCAACCACAUCUCAAAUUUUAAUUACUGAAUUCAGCCCAAAACUGAAAGGGAGAAAAGUCUGAAAAUCUUAUUGUUUUGUGAGGUUUGAAAAAUUUCAACUCACUUGAAGGGGUUUCAAAAAUAAUCUUAAAGAGAGAGGAAAARUAAAUGUUUGCAUAUUGCAUUCMACUGGAUUAAUUAAUCCAGGAAUAUUGCUUCAUUAAACUGCUGACCAAAAUUCUUAACGAACAUUAACAGCAAUGAUCAAAAUCCUCAGUUAUCUGAGACAAUUUUGAGAAUAAUUCGAAGAACUUCAGGAUUGAAUUGUCUUGCAAGAAAAGAGACUUUUUUUUUGCCUUGUCACCCUUUGAGGUGUUUAAUUUAGGAAUUAAAUUGGCUCUCUGAGGUGGGUGUYUCUCUCCUGAUCUCUUUGCAGAUUUCCUUACAGAGGAUCAUUGUCAAGUGCUGAGUGUCAAGGCCAGAGAUAAAUUUGAAUAGAGGGAGUUAAGCACAUUUGGAUCUAAAUUUAAGUUUGUUUCAAUUGUUUCCUGAAAUAAUGGCCUUUUGUGUGACAAGUUCAUGGAGUUGGUUUUGGCAACCCAAAAUUAAAAGUUAAACUGAGCCUUAAGUUUCCCUGCAACGAUAGGAAGCUUUGCUUGGUUUCAUUGCUGCCUUCAUUUUUUUUUCUCCCCAUGGAAUCUCAAACUGCAAACCACAAUUUCUUAUAAAAUAAUAUAAAAUCUGAAGGCUGAGCCUUAUGAAGUUUUGGCUGCUUGUCCAUUUCAGAUAUUGAAUUCAGGAUUUUGAGCAUAUAUUGCAAUGGGAAUUGCAGUUUUACUGGGAUUUUCA